UUGCUCCUCAUCUCGCGGGGCGCUGACAUAGGCUGUAGCACCUCCUCUGCUGGUGGUGGUGGAAUGAGAGCACAGCAGCUCCCUCUGUCUGUACAGCAUUGAGCACACUGAUCUCCGAGCUGUACGGAUCUCCUCCUGCACACAGCCAGCCGCUCCUGACAACCUCCCGGAGAUCCAAGCCAGAGGAGAAGAUCAGGACCCCCCUGAACCCAGAAUGACAGAAGUGAUCAAUACAUGUGAGCCAACCCCGAUGGAGGAGUUCAAGCUUAGCCCUGCGACGGGGGCCGAAGGACUCACCGUUCAGAUCUUUCCAGACUCACAUGAUAAACACCCCAAGCUGACCAAGAGGUUACCGUCCAUUGUGGUGGAGCCCACGGAGUCGGGAGACGUGGAGAGCGGAGAGUUACGUUGGCCACCAGAGGACAUCUCACCAACAGACGACAAAAGAGAGGCAAAGCUCUGCCAAGGAUGUUCAUAUGCUGAAGGUGCAACGCAUUCUCCCCGUGAAGAAGAUUACAGCGGAUGUAGAGCGGGAGGAAAUUCGGCUAAUUAAAGGCUUUAAAUAAUGUCAACUUUUUUUUUUAAGUUCUCCUUAAUGUGAGGAAAAAUAAUCAGCUUGUUCCAGGCAGAAGUAGACAAGAGAACCCGUCAUUUAAUAUCAGUGGAGUAGUAUAGUAAGCGGCCGUUGGGACUCUACGGAAAAGCGCAUUCCUCCGGGUUUUCCAAGAAUCCGUCCAAGGUCUUUUAUGUCAUCCCAGUUCCGGGGUUGUGGAGUUUAGAGCUAGCCGACUCACGAGCCAUAGAGUCCGAUUCUUGUGAUCUCUGCCAAGUCUUGCCGAAAAAAGACGCCAUCUGAUCGUUGGAACCCUUCAAGGCUUGGCGCAGUGUUUUCACUCCCAUUAAAAAGUUGCCAUGCCUUAUCUUUUUUCUUUUCUCCGUAAAUUCAACCUAUAAAUUGUCUCCUUGUUUGUCACAUUGUAAUCUAGUAGUUUUCAACGUUUUGGAAUUCUACAUUGUUUGUAUAUAGCUUUUCAUUUACCAAUCUAUUGAUUUCACUGUAAAAUAAAGGUUCUUGUAAGACGUGA